UUUAAAGGGCAAGAAACGGAGGGAGAUUUAGAUAGAGCCUACAGAGUGAGAGCGAGGGAAGAGAGCCAGCACAGAGCUGGAGCAGAGGCGGUGGAUGGGAAAAGAGAAGAGGAGAGGCAUUGACUGGAAGCGUACACAUGGGAGAGAAGAAAACGGCUAUUUCAUGUGCUCGGUGUGCAUGACUGAGGAGUGCGGCUGCCUGUCUGGAUUGUUAGUCAUCUGCUGUCCCACAGCUAGAGGACAUACGAAGAAACAGAGGCAGGCUGGGGAUAUAGGGCUGUGUGCAGAGGAUGAACAGGGGAUGUGGGCUCUCUGGCUGUGAUCGCUGUCCUCAGACCCCGUAGCAACUGCUGUUGCAGGCCGUUAGCCUUGCAGUUAGGCAGCAGCAGUCAGAGUGAUUGAUACAGAAUGAGCUCCAAGCACUCCUCCGACUGGAUUCCCUACAGCACUUUAGAUGACGAGGGCACCAACCUCCGACAACAGAAACUGGACAGACAGCGAGCGCUCCUUGAACAGAAGCAGAAGAAGAAGAGGCAGGAGCCUCUGAUGGUCCAGUCUAAUGUGGAUGGGAGGUCUCGCACUCGUCGGACCAAACAGAGUGAGGAACAGGCUCCGCUGGUGGAAUCCUACCUCAGCAGCAACAGCAGCACCAUCUACCACGUACAAGAAGCUGAACAGGAGGAGGUGAAGGUGAUAGCGGACACACAGCCGCCUCGCUCAGCCAAAAAGGGCAAAGCAUCGGCCAGCUCCACUCCGCAGACAGGCAGCGACAAGAAGGAGAGGAAGGGGAAGCACAAAGCAGCAAUCGAUGGCCUGACUUCCCAGCAGGAUGACGGUCAGAUCCAGAUCCUGACAGUGGGUCACCCCACCACAGAGGAGGGCGAGGCAGAGCCUGUCAUGAGCUGCACUCAGUCACAGAGUAAACAGGAUCUGCGUGUCACCAUGCUCAAGAAAGGUAUAUCCAGCAGUAUGAAUUUUGAUGAAGAAGAGGACGAUGAAGAUGAAAUUAGCUCCAGUUCCUCACAGCUAAACAGCAACACGAGACCAGGUUCCGCCACUAGUAAGAAGUCAUGCAAGGAGGUAGCGUCAGCACCCACUCCACCAGUCAAUGAACCUGCCAUCGAUGUAGAUGACCUUGAAGAGUUUUCUCUGCGACCUGCACCCCAGGGGGUCAGAGUGAAGUGCAGAAUCACCAGAGACAAGAAGGGCAUGGACAGAGGCAUGUAUCCCACCUACUACCUUCACCUGGAGAGAGAGGACGGCAAGAAGGUGUUCCUGUUAGCUGGCAGGAAGAGAAAAAAGAGUAAAACAUCAAAUUACCUCAUCUCCAUUGAUCCCACUGACCUGUCUCGAGGUGGAGAGAGCUUCAUUGGUAAACUGAGGUCUAACCUCAUGGGAACUAAGUUCACUGUAUACGACAGCGGUCUGAACCCUAUGAAGAGCACCACCAGCCUCGAAGCUAGCAACCUGCGUCAAGAGCUAGCAGCCAUUUGCUAUGAAACCAAUGUCUUAGGAUUCAAAGGACCUCGCAAAAUGAGCGUCAUCAUUCCUGGAAUGAACAUGGACCAUGAGAGAGUGUCUAUUCGCCCACGAAAUGACCAUGAGUCACUGCUGGCCAGGUGGCAGAACAAGAACACAGAGAGCGUGAUUGAACUUCACAACAAGACGCCAGUGUGGAACGAUGACACACAAUCCUAUGUGCUCAACUUCCACGGCAGAGUCACUCAGGCCUCCGUCAAGAAUUUCCAAAUCAUUCACGACAAUGACCCUGACUACAUUGUGAUGCAGUUUGGGCGUGUGGCAGAAGAUGUCUUCACCAUGGACUAUAACUACCCAAUGUGUGCCCUGCAAGCCUUUGCCAUUGCCCUUUCCAGCUUUGACAGCAAGUUAGCCUGUGAAUAGGUCUCCAGCCUAAAGUUCAGUAGAAAACUGGUCCAUCUGUCCUCUCAACAAGGGCUGUUAAUGUAUCCCUGGGGCUGGUUUGAGAUCUCCAAAUCACCCAGUACCUUUGAAGUCCUGCAUAUCCCAAAAUGCUUUAUGGGCCUCAAGUUUUGUGUGUGUGUGUGUGUGUGUGUUUGGUGGUGGUGGUGGGGGGGGGGUGGGGUGGGGUGUCGGGAUGGUCUUAGUCAGUGGAAGAAAACAAGCACAAAGAGUAAUCCACUUUCAAAAUCCAAUUAAUUUCUUUUGAUAACUAUAGUCAUUUUGUACUGUAAUGGAAUUAUAAAAAACAAACACUGUUCCUUUAUGUAGUAGUUAGAGAAAUUUAACAUUUCUUUAUCUGUAAAUUAUAACUAACAAUUACACAUCUGUAAGUUUUAAAAGCUGAAUGGAUUUUAUGUAAUCUGUCACACAAAAAACACAAUGUCACACUCUUUAUCAAGCAUGAAUACUGCUUAUAUAGUUACUGAAUUAAAAAUAACAUGCAUGUCACAAUAUAUUUAUUUUGUUAUUUAUGUAUUUAUUACAUGUUCAUUUUGUUUUCUGUCAAUUUCAGCUGUAUUGGCUCCAUGGAGCUGCAAGCACAUAAAUUAGCAUCACAAGAAGGAAUAUCUCUUAAACACUUAGCGACUUGGACAUGAACAGGGCAAAGGCAUGUUACACUGCUGUGUAUUAUAUACAAUAUUGUGUCACGGUGUCAUGUAUGUGAAUGUAUAGGAUGAUGGUGCACUUUACUUUGAAGUCUGUAGUGGAUGAGAUAUAGCUGUACAUACUUUAUUGUGCCUUUGAAGACUAAUUCCAGUGUUACACUUUGGCCAUAAAAUGAGCUGAGCUUGAAUUGGUCUUUGGCAUUCUUGCUGUCUUCACCUGCAUUGGAGAUAUUUCUCUGUAGCUACUUUGAAUUCAGUUGUCUAGUGCAGAGUUCAUUUAGAAUGAUUAAAUAGAUGGAGUUGCAAAACCUCCAGAAGAUAAUUAUCCAAAGUGCACAUCAUCGGACAACUGUUUAGUGAUUGUCCAGAUAUAUUUAAAUUACAUUUAAGGCCUGCAACACAUUACACUAAAGAGGUGAAUAAUUAUUUACAUUGCACUGAAAAUCAGGCAGCAGAUAUAAUACCCAAGACACUCAGCCUUAAGUUUGUGCUCAUAUCUUCUGUCUCCUGCCUGGAAAAAAUAAACUGAACACAGAUUGACUUACUGCCAACAAACACACACAGCAACAGUGUGAAUCUGGCACAGCUUCAAUACUUGCAUAUUUCAUCUCUUACUCUUUACAUCUUUGAUUAAUUUUAUGCUCCACUGAGGUGGAGUUUGGUACAUUUCUCAUCUGACUGGCUCUAAGUUUCUAUAUUACGUGGUUUAUUGCUGUUCACAUUUUUACUCAAAAUAUUAUUUCUCUUGCUCCUUAUGGGGAAGUAUCCUUUCUCAAAUAUAUGAUAGUAUUUUGUAUUUUAUGACCUUUAAAAAAUGCUGAAUGAAGGCAAAGAACAAUCUCUGAUACCGCUAUUGUUACUGUGGGUAAUGAGGAAAUCUUUAUCAAAUGUGCUAUUCUUGUACUCAAUUGUGUUCUAACUAUUUUAAAUUUCUAUUUUAAAAUUGUUGAUACUCUUGCUGUAAAGUCUGCUUUUCAUACAUGUGUCCAGGAACCAAAGGUUCUUUCACUUUGUUUUUAGUGCUCUUGUUGUAAUGUACAGUAAAUGGUGUACAAUUUACUGUGGUGGUAUAGACACAGUCCGUUGAUCAUGUAAAAAAAUAAAACUUCAAUAAGUCAAAA